UGGGUUUCUUUGUGAAGUCCUAGGUGUCUGGAACUUGCUCUGUAGACCAGGCUGACCUUGAACUCAGGAACCACCAGCCUCUGCUUUAAACUUCCUGUUUUAUCUGCUAGCCCUACCUUGGAGCACUGGUUAGAAAUAGUAGUGGCCUUACACCUCUUCAGAGUAGGGAGGUGCAGAAGGGACCUUAACGAAUCUGUAUUUUAAAAGGCUAUUUAGGAACUGGAGAGAUAGUUCAUCGUUAAGAACUUGCCCUAUCAUCAGAAAUCAAGUUCAAAUCCUAACACCAACAUCUGGCAGUUCACAAAUGCCUGCAACUCUAGGUUCAUGAUAUCUAAGUUUCAAGAGAUGGCUAUAUGCACCCUAUUACACACAAGUCAAUAAUAUUACAAGCAAAUCUAUAAUAACAAAAACCAAUUGUAGUGGUGCAUGCCUUUAAUCUCAGCACACGAGAAGUGAGUCCUUCUGUGAGUUCAAGGCCAGGCCGAUCUACAUAACAAAAUAACAAGGACAACCUAGACAGAUCGUCUCCCCAAAAACCAAAGCAAAAAGGCAAAACAAAAUAAAACGGGUGGGGCUCCGGAAGGAGGGACUAAUCUGCUUGUCCCAGGGUUCCCAGUGCUGCCCUAAGAGCCACCGCCCACCCGGUGACUCGUUCAACCGGGUCCUCCCAGCAACGGGUGCCACGGAUAGGCCGGGCUGGAGUUCCAAAGGGUGUGGCCAAUAUAGUCACAGCCAAUCACACAGGGUCCUCUAGUAAAGUUUACUUAAACGACCCGAAGCUUCUGGGGACCCAUCCUAGAAUGCAACGCUGGUUCGGUGAGUCUCGCGCGGGACGGAGCGGACCCGGGAAGGAUUUGGAGGAGGUCAGGGCGAAACCCGGUCCAGCGGAGCCCUCGGAAAGCUCGGAAAUGGAGCCGCCGCAGGUCCCCGCGGAGGCGCCACAACCCAGGGCAUCCGAAGGCAGCCCGAGGCCGGAACGGACCGAGCGGGAGGCGACGGACGUGCAGCCCCAGGAGCGCCCGGAGAAGUCUCAGCCUCCCGCCCUGUCUGGAUGCCCGCGCGUGCCGCCGCUCAGUCUGGGCUACGGCGCCUUCCGCCGCCUGGGCUCGUGCAGCCGCGAGCUGCCGCCACCGAGCCCCUCGUGGGCCGAGCAGCCCCGGGAUGGCGAGGCGGAGCUGGAGCCCUGGACGGCGUUGAGAGAGCCCGCGCCCGGGUCCUGGGCGCCCGUGGAGCUGCAGGUGGACGUGCGCGUGAAGCCCGUGGGCGCGGCUGGGGCUAGUCGCGCGCCCUCGCCCGCGCCAUCCACGCGCUUCCUCACCGUGCCAGUGCCGGAAUCGCCAGCCUUCGCCUGCCGCUCCGCUCCCACGUUCCAGUGGCUGCCCCGUGACCCGUCACCAGGCUCCACGUGGAGCCGAGGAUCGCCGCUUGCCGCGACCGCGACCGAGCCUGUCGGCCCCGCUGAGGACUGCACGGUCCCCUCGGGCUCGCCCUCCUGCCGCUGCCGCUGCCGCUGCCGUGAGCCCGGGCUGACCAAAGACGACGAAGCGUUGCUGCAACGCGCAGGCAUAGAUGGCAAGAAACUGCCGCAGGCCAUCAGGCUCAUAGGACUGCCCCAGUACAUGAAGUCUCUGCGCUGGGCUCUGGUGGUCAUGGCGGUGUUGUUGGCCAUCUGCACUGUAGCUGUUGUGGCCCUGGCAUCUAGAGGCGGAGCCAAGUGCCAACCAUGCCCUCAAGGCUGGGUGUGGUUUCAGGAACACUGUUACUACCUUUCUGAAGACCGCCAAGACUGGGAGGGCAGCCAGGCAUUCUGCUCAGCCCACCAAGCCACACUGCCUCUGCUGAACCACACCCAGGACUUCUUAAGAAAAUUCCACAUCACCAAGAGCUCCUGGGUGGGGGCCCAACGAGGCCCUGAAGGCUGGCACUGGACUGAUGGGGUCCCCUUGCCAUCCCAACUGUUCUCUGAAGACUCUGAGGACCACCCAGACUUCGGCUGUGGGGGUUUGGAAGAAGGCAGGCUCGUGGCUCUGGACUGUAGCUCUCCCAGACCCUGGGUCUGUGCCAGAGGGACCAGAUGACUCAGUCUCCCAUGUUAGACAUGUCUGGAGCUGUGUCCAUUGCUUUUGUUUUGGUGUGACCAAAAUAUCUGACAGAGACAACUUCCAAGAGGCAAGAAUGACCAGGUUCACGGUUUCAGAAGGCUGUACCUGGCAGAGCUGCCCAGUCCACAGCAGCAGAGGAAAUGCUGGAGCCAGGGGUGGGAACAACCUUCAAAGGCCUGUCACUGUUGACAUAACCUCCACAGACCAGGCUCUACCUCUUCAAGCCUCCCAAGUCACCCCUAAAUCUAGCACUACAGCUGGAAGCAAACCUGUGGCUGACAUUUCAGAUGCAACCCAAAGCAUUCCUGUACAUCUCCUGAAGAUUCAUGGCUGUCUUGUUUUGAGAGAGGCUCUCUCUGUACCUAUGGCUGGCCUGGAACUUACUGUGUGGUCCAGGGUGGCCUUACAUCCCUAGGCAAGCCUCCCAGAGUACAGGGAUUACAGAUGUGUGCCACCACACCCAGCCCAGGGCUAACUCAAUGCAAAAUGUAUUCAGUCCAAUUUCAAGAGACUUUAUAGUCUUAACAGUUUCAAUGUUGUUCAAAAGACCAAAGACCCUUCAGGCUUGUGCCCACAGCUGUGGGUGGGGGAGCUGCAUAAACCUCCCCACCUUCCAUUUUCUCCUCAGACAGCCUCAUGCUUCUUAGGAAUCUCCACUUGCCAACCUGGGGCACUCUUGUUCUUAUGACCAGGCAGCCCCACCUUCUCUGCCUUGCCACAACCUUAAGAGAUAAGCUAGCUGGGAGUCCUGCCAAUCCGAAUGGUGGUCUGGAGCGGAUGAGUCCCCAAAGGGAGGCACCAAACCUAUUCUGAGAUGGGCUGGCUGGAAUCCCCUUUAAAGAAGUGGGGCACCCAGGGGAGGUGGUGUCCACCCCCAAAAAAGAACCCACAAGUUCACAAACUAAAAGAUUUUUUAAAAGACUAGGCCCUCACAAAAUGGUUUAGCAGGUAAAAACACUGGCUGCUUUCCCAGAGGACCUGGGUUUGAGUCCUAGAACUCUUAUCAAACUGUAACUCCAGCACCCCUCACCCCCACAUCACAGCCGCAUUCUCAGACACUGGAUGGACAUGAUGCAGAUAAACAUCCAGGAAAAGCACCCAUAGACACGAAGUGAGGUGGGGGAGCCUUGUAGAAGCACAUACAAUAAAUAAAUUUGAGAAAAGAUAACACAUACACACACCUGGGAGUGGCAGUGAGGGAGUUGGGUUGAGUUGGGAAGAGCCAUUCUAAAUGUGAGCGGUAGCAUCCCAUGGCUGGGGUCCCUCCCUGCUUCCUGGCUGUAGCAGCAGUGUGAGCAUAAGCCUCGCCUCUGCCAGGCUUCCCCAGCCUGUUGGCCUGCAUCCUCAAACUGGGAGCCAAAACACACUCUCCCUCUGUUGUCAGAUAUUUCAUUGCAGCAAUAUAUUAGUGAACAUCAUUGUGGACUGAGCACCCCUGGAACAUCUGGCCAUGCCCUGCUCCCUAACGUAUUCCACAAGCUACUGAGGGUUCCUGUCUCUAGGUACCCGUCCCUAGAUGCUUCUCUGGUUCAGGGCUUAAGGUGUAUUCAUUCUUAAUUCCUUCUUUUUGAGAAGGAACUUGUUCUAGCUUCUGGUCCUUGUUCCUCAUAGGAACAUCUGCAGAAGAAAACAUAGCUGCACUGUCCUUGCAUGUACACCAGAAGUCUAUUGUCUGUGUGUCAGUCUGUCCAAGCAAGAUAAAAAUCUAGAUAAUCCAUAUCUUUACAAGUAGCACAGCUCUUCGAGUCUUCCCACUCUACUGGCUGUUUUAAUCAGCCAAUAAGUAAUACCAGCAGCAUUAUCAGGAACAUGCCUUUGGAUUGAAUUGGGUCCCUCUUCAAACUAUGGAAGUUCUAAUUCUCAGCACCUAUAAUGUGACCUUUAUGGAAAUACUGUGUGCACACUCAGGUAAAAAUGAGACCAUUCAUGUGCCUAAUCAAAUAUGACUUGUGUCUUUAUACCAAUGAGAUGGCUCAGCUGGUAAAAGCACCUGCUGCACAACCUGUUGACCUGGAUGUGAUCCCCAAAAUCCACAUAGAGGAGGAAGAGAACUCCCACUUCCACAUGUGUACAAGCCCUGUGCAAGCGCGCGCGCGCACACACACACACGCGCGCGCGCAAUUUUUAAAAUGCAGUGCUGGUGCUCAGCAGGUAAAGGCAGUUACCAUCAAGCUUGAUGACCUGAUUUCAAUCCCCAGGUCCCACAGGGUGCAAGGAGACAUUUAGACUAUCUGUAGGAGUCUGAGAAUAAAGACACCAAGUAAUCCUGCCUCUCAGAGAUAUCAGUUCCCAUUUCUCAGUCUUACAGGUAUGCUUUAGUCCCUGACAAAGUUCUGACCACAAGUGGACAACCCAUGCUUCGGAGAGAAGCUGGCCUUGAACUGCAAAGGCAUUUCUCCACAAUGCACAUGGAUCUGUGGGUUAAGGUGUGUGUGUGUGUGUGUGUGUGUGUGUGUGUGUGUGUUUCAGUGUCAGUGUCAAUCUAAGGAUAUCCCAGGGACACCAUCUGUUUUCUUACAUUAACAGCUCUUGUGCGCUGUCCAGAGUACUUACCUGUAUUAGCACAUCUAAUCCCCACCACGACCUAGUGAACUAGUAAAGCUACAAAGUUUAAAUAGGACAAGCAGAAAAGGGGAAUUGGAGUGGUUUCUCUUCACAUGAUCACCUUUCUCCUUUUGGACCAUUUCCUCCCUAGAGGAACAGAGUCACCAAAAGUGCUUAACUUACCUGUCCUCAAAUCAGAAGAUAGCCAACCUAAGCUGGAGGCUUCUGGUCAAAAGACGGCUCUGAACACCGUAGGCAGUCUCUAGUGCCACCCCUAGAUUGCUGAACUGCAGCCAGGAAUGAAGUCACACUGCAACCAAAGUGGAAACUUCCACACUGCACUGAAAUGUGAAAACAGUGAAUGGGAGGAAGGGAGUUUUCGGCACAGGCCAGCAGGUGAGUGGUACAGUGAGCAGUAGGAAUCUUCCAGGCCUGUGUGACUGCUAUUCCAUCUCGGAGCCUCAACGAGGAUAAAGGAAUGCCGGGCAGCAGAGGGGAGGUCAAGAGUGCAGACCCUGGAGACGUGAAUCCACACUUCAUCAAAGAAGACAUGUAAACAAUCAAAUAAGCACAUACCAUGAGUGACGAGACAGACCAUGGUGACACAGCCUUACAGUGGAUCACCCUCAGAUAUAAAGACAAAUGUGAAGAGCACUUGUAACUCUUGCAGAGGGUCUGAUUUGCUUCCCAGAACCCAGAUGGUGGCUAACAAGCAUCUGGAACUGCAGCCCCAGAUCUGAUCACCUCUCAUGACUACCAUGGGUGCUAGGAAUGAACAUAACAUACAUGGAGGCAAGGCAUGCACACACACUUUAAAUUUCCUAUUUUAUUUAUUUAUUUAGUUGUUUGUGAUGUUCUUUUGUUAUAGUCCUGGUUGUCCUAGAACUCACUAGGUAGACCAGGCUGGCCUUGAACUCACGGAGAUCCUCUUGCCUCUGCCCCAAGUGUGGGAAUUAAAGGUGUGUACCAUACACAUGGCCACAUCCUUUUUUAAAAUACUGGUGUUUUGUAUGUGUGCUUGUGCACACCCAUGAAUGUAAGUGGGGUGUGGCACUGUAUAUGUGGAGGUCAAAGGACAAGUUUGGGUGUCAGUCCUCAUUUUUCAAUAGGAUGGAGUCUGUUAUUCACGGUUGCACAUGCCACGUCAGCUGGCAGCCAAACUUCUGGGUUUCUCCUUUCGGCUCCCAUCUCAUGGUAGGAGCCUCCACAUCAGGCUUUAUAUACGUUCUGGGGGUUAACUCAGGACUUUACACUUGUAUGGUAAACACUGUGCCACUGAGCUACUUUCUAACCUGUAAACGUAUUAUCUAUUGAUAGUCACAAAACACAGAUGAAUCUCAGGAAAAGCAGCCAGACUUGAAAGUGCCUACUGAUAAUUCCACUUGUGUUCUUCAAAAGGAGACAGAACUAGCUCAACAAUAGAGAUAAUUCUGCCAGAAAUAAGGCAAGGCAGGCUUUUCAACGGUGGGAUAAGCUUGUCAAGUUUACUGAGUAUGUAACUGCUGAAUGUCACUGGGGGAAAACUCCAUCUCAGAGUUUUUGUUGAAGAGGUGGCCUUUCAUUUUUAAGGGAGUGGGACUUUGUGGCAAGAUCUCACCCAGCUAACUUUAGAUCAAGGAAUGAAGAUGCACAGCUUUAAUUCAAGGAGACAAAGCCAAGCAGAUCUCUAAAUUGAAUGCCAUCUUUUUUUUGUUUGUUUGUUUGUUUUUCCGAGACAGGGUUUCCCUGUAUAGCUCUGGUUGUCCUGGAACUCACUCUGUAGACCAGGCUGGCCUAGAACUCAGCCUCUGCCUCCCAGAGUGCCUGGGAUUAUAGGCGUGCGCCACCACGCCCAGCUGCAGCAAGUUCUUAAGCUUGAAGAAAAGCUUAAGUCCAGGCACAGCAGUAUACACCUUUAAUCCCAAGAGAAGGAAGCAAGGAGAUCUUGGAAUUCAAGGCCAGUCUGGUACAGAGAAAUUUCCAAGUAGAGAAAAGCUUGCAUCUAGGCAUUGUGGAUCACACCUUUAAUCCUACCACUUAGGAAACAGGCAUGCAGAUCAUGGAGUUCAAAGUAAUCUAGAGAACAAGUUCCAGGAAAACCAAGCUUAGGCAGAGUAAAUUCAUUGAAAACAGAAAGCUGGUGAUAAUAAACAAGGGGACCAUGUUCCAGGCCCAGCAGAACUCUGCAGCUGCUUCAGCCAUGUGGCUCUGGCUUUAGAGUCAAGAAUACAUGGGACUACUGGGACAAUUGAUGCUGGCUAGCUGGAAAUUACAGUGGUUAAGAGCAGCAUCACUGAGGUGAAAUCUGAGAAGUGUUUUCUGAGAGCACAAAGAACCUGUGUUCCAGAGAUAGCCAGGGUUGUACUUAGUGCUACAGCUGGACUUGGUAAUGUGUAAAAGUCACCAGGUGGUACUGGUUUUGAAGACAUGAAGGGGUCAUGGAGAACAGCUGAGGCUUAGCACUAUGAAAGGCCACUGGGGAAAAAAGUGCAGCCUCAGUUGCAGUCAACAGCCCAGGACUGAAGGGGUCAUGCAAAGAAGUUGAGGCCUGGCAUCAUGAAGAGAGCCUAUGAAAGGCUAUUGGUGAAGCCUAGUUGCAGCUGAAGACUCCAUGUAUUGUAGAUGCCAGUACCAUGGGAUGAUCACCAAGAACAGCAGCAGCAGUGGAGUAAACCAGAGUCUAGAGUGCUGCAGAGGGCAGAGCUGGAGUCGAGACCCAAGCCCUUUGGAGGAGCCCAGAUGAUGUGUGGCUCCCAGAACAGGAAGCUGUAACUGUUGAAGUUGCCUUGGAGACCCCAAGAUGCCAGACCUGCACGAUGUCUGCUAAGGAAAACUACUAAGAGGGAGUGGAACCAGUCCAGGAAAAUGAAGUUUGUUGUAGUCAACAAAGAUGAAAAAGGAAUUCUAGCUCUGAAGACUACUUUGACUUCAGCCAAGAAGAUGCAAGAGUUUGGAGUUUGCCCAGCUGGUUUCCUAUCUUGCUUUGGGGAUUACAGUUAAGUAACUGGAUGAAUCUCAGAAGAGACGUUGAACUCUGGACGAUUACCAUGGUUAAGACUGCUGUAGACUAUUGGGACAUUGGAAGUUUGACUAAAUGUACUUAUGGCUAGAUACGGGCCCCACAGAAUUAUGUAUUUAAACAAGCCUGUGUGUGCAGGAAGUAGAAUGUGAUGGCUUGAAUAAACCUGGGCCAGGAGUGGCACUAUUAGGAGGUGUGGCCUUCUUGUGUGUCAUUGUGGGCAUCGGCUUUAAUGCCUUCACCCUAACUAUCCAGAAGCCAAUCUUCUCCUGUUUACCUUUGGAACAAGAUGUUGAACUUUCAGCUCCUCCUGCUCAAUGCCUGCCUGGGUGCUGCCAUGCUCCUGCCUUAAUGAUAAUGGACUGAAUCUCUGAAUCUGUAAGCCAUACCCAAUUAAAUGUUGUCCAAAAAAGAGUUGCCUUGGUCAAGGUGUCUGCUCACAGCAGUAAAACCGUAACUAAGAGGAUGGGUUUGUUGGGUACUGCUCUGAUGUUGCUAUAUAUUCAAAUGCUAAAUUCUGUACCCCAAGAUCUCGUUGCCCAAAGAUGAGCAAAUUCUCUCAUAUAUCAGCUUUUGUUGUACAAACUUUGGUUCCCAACUUAACUAUUGGUUAAAUAAAAAUGGCUACAGGCAAUUACUGAAUGGAA